AUGCCAGAAAUAUUAGAAACGUCCUUCGCUGAGUACAUUGCCGCCGGUCUGCGGGAUGUGGCACGCGAGCAAGGAUUUACCGAGGGUUUGUACACACUCGAGAAUGAAUCCGGUUCCAACAUGGGUGAUGGCUUCGUUGGCCAAUUGCUGAAGGUGUUCAUUCGUGAGGCGAAUCGCGAGCUAGUGGUACUGUGCAAGCUACUCCCAGAUAACGAGCUUCGCAGACAACAGGGCAUUGCACUGUUCGAGCGCGAAUCGGAAGCGUACAUGGACAUCUUGCCGUUGUUGCUCAAAUUCCAGCGUGAAAAAUCGCUGGAACAAGGCAUGCCUAUCUUCGAUAACGUGCCUCGCUGUUACUACGCCAAAACCACCUUCGACAAGCUGGAGUCGGUGAUUAUCAUGGAGGAUCUACGGCUGCAAGCGUACCGCAUGUGGAACAAGGCAAACCCCGUCGACUUCGAUCACGCACGCUUGUUGAUGACUACACUGGGUCGACUUCACGCCAUCUCGUUCGCCAUGAAAGAGCAACAGCCGGUGGAGUUCGAGCGGUGUCGCAAUUACACAGACUCCAUGUUCAGAAUGAUGGACGAAUAUCCGGCUGGGUCGUUUGAGAAGAUGAUGGUCGGCAUGUGCAACAGGGCGAUCGAUUCCCUCGAACAACACGACACCUUCCGUCGGGAAAAGCUAGAGCAGUUUAAGGAUCGAUGCGUGCCGGAGAUGAUGGCAUGUGUCGAUGGAAAAGCUGCCGAACCCUACGCUAUCAUAGGACAUGGCGACUGCUGGUCAAACAAUAUGAUGUUCCAGUACGAAGACGACAACCAAACCCUCAAGAACAUCAAGUUGAUCGAUUGGCAACUGUCGCGAUAUGCCUCGCCUGUCCUCGAUCUCGUUUACUUCAUCUUCAACUGCACGGACGAAGAGUUGCGAUCCCACGGGUAUCACCGGUUGUUGAGCAUCUACUACAACAGCCUGGGGGCGCAUCUGCGCAACCUUGGCGGUGAUGUUGAGCGACAAUUUCCCCGAAGUGCGUUCCGUGAACAGCUGAAGCAGUUCGGCCGCUACGGGUUACUGAUGUCCAUGAUGGUACUGCCAAUUAUUUGCACUCCCAACGACGAACUUCCAGACACCGAUACGGCAAUGGAAGGUUUAAUGAAAGAUAUAACCACUGGGGACUCGGGUGUCGAAUUUAUCUAUGGCACAACGGAGAAAGCCGCCAUACGUUACCGAAAGCGCAUGGCCGGAUGCAUCCGCGACAGCAUACGUCUUGGAUACAUUUAAAUGGCGAAUUAGCGUCAAGUUUUUACUCAAGUAGUGCUAUCAAUCUAGCUUAUAGGACUUGAUAGGGUGAAGCAAAGUUGGCGAUAUCCGAAAACUACCUCAAUACGUUUUAGUACCCAACUCAU